AUGGUUAAAGGAGCUGUUGCACUUCUGGCGUUGGCCGGUCCAGUUUUUGCUGGUGUGGCUCAAAAGGGGCAUGGAAUACCGCCACCAAAGUUUCCUCAUGACAAGCAUCCGAUCAAGCCUACAGGUCCUAUUUUGAUCACCAAGACGACUACAUUUAUUACCACCGAGCACCCAGUGACCACGACUGUUGUCACUUCUGGCACCAAGACCCUCACGGUCCCUGUUACUUUGACCAACACUGUCACCAAAACCACUACUGUCUGUGAGGAGCCGCCUGCUACUGGCAAGCCGGUCCCGCCGCAACCGCAGCACAACACCACUGUGGUGCCUCCUAAGCCUAAGCCAGUGCCGACUGGUACUACUACCAAGCCUGGCCCCUUCCACAACACCACCGUACCUAUCAUACCCACUCCUGCCCCCCCUGUACCUCCUGUGAAUCCUGGUACUCCCGGAAUUCCUGGCACUCCUGGCACUCCUGGCACUCCUGGCACCCCUGGCACCCCGGGAACACCUGGAAAUCCCGGAAUUCCUGGUACACCUGGCAUCCCUGCCCAGCCUGAAAGGCCUGGCACUCCUGGAAACCCCGGAAGACCUCAGCCAACGGGUGUUUCUCCAGUCCAUCCUACAACCUCGCCCUCCAAGCCGCCCUUCAGUGGUGCUGUUCACGCUGUCAAGCCUGCUGCCGGUCUCCUGGCUGCUGUCAUGGCCGUCAUGGUCCUGCUCUAA